UUAUAAACGCUGUGUAUAACACGAAGAAUUAGAACAAAGAGAAAAGAGAAGAAAAGCCUUUAACGGAACGUAGAAUAAACCAGUUGAAGAAAAUGGAGCACGAGGAAGACGAAGAGCCACCUCUUGCUGUUCAGAUUCAAGGAAAUGAUGAAUUCGAUUCUCAGAAAUCUUCUGUUGGGGUUACUCUCAUCACGGGCUAUCUUGGUGCAGGCAAGUCUACUCUAGUGAAUCAUAUUUUGAAUUCGCAACAUGGGAAGAGGAUUGCUGUCAUUUUGAAUGAGUUCGGUGAGGAAAUUGGCGUGGAAAGAGCCAUGAUCAAUGAAGGGGAUAAGGGUGCACUUGUUGAAGAAUGGGUUGAGCUUGCCAAUGGGUGUAUAUGUUGCACAGUCAAGCAUAGUUUGGUUCAAGCACUUGAGCAGCUUGUUCAGAGAAAGGAAAGGCUUGACCAUAUAUUGCUGGAGACCACCGGAUUGGCAAAUCCAGCACCUUUGGCAUCUGUUCUAUGGUUGGAUGAACAGUUGGAAUCAGAAGUGAAGCUUGAUUCUAUAGUCACCGUGGUGGAUGCUAAAAAUUUGCGCUUCCAGCUUGAUGAGCACCGUGGCUCAUCUUCAUUUCCUGAAGCAUAUUUUCAGAUAGCAUUUGCGGACAUUAUAAUUCUUAACAAGGUUGAUUUGGUAUCUGCAGAGAGCUCUGGAGCUCUGGAGAAACUUGAGGAGGAAAUACAUAACAUUAACUCCCUUGCAGAGAUAAUACAUUCGGUUAGGUGUCAAGUUGAUUUGUCUAGGAUAUUGAACCGCCAAGCUUAUGAUGCUGCACGUGCUACACAUUUAGAGACUUUGUUAGAAGAAAGUCGUUCUUUGUCUACAAAAAAACUUCAUGAUAGUGGCGUGAGAACCAUAUGUAUUUCUGGGACACAGAUGAUUGAUCUUGAUAAGACUCGAAUAUGGCUUGAGGAGAUUCUCUGGGAGAAGAAAUACGAUAUGGAUGUAUACCGUUGCAAAGGAGUGUUAAGUGUUCAAAAUUCUGAUCAACUGCAUAUUUUGCAGGCAGUGAGGGAACUAUAUGAGAUUGUUCCAUCUCGCAAGUGGGAAAAGGAAGAGAAACGCAUAAAUAAGAUAGUCUUUAUAGGCCAUAAUCUGAAAGAAGAUAUUCUUAUUAACUCUUUUAGAGAUUGUGCUGCCGUGUAAACCUAUAUUCAAUAAUCAAUGAAUUGGUGAAUGAUUUUGAGUUUCAACCAAAUCACAAUUUGUUUGACAUCGCCAAUUUGACAAAGAAAUGAUGAGUAAUA